AUGUCAACGUCAGCUUCUACCAGCCAUGAUGGUGAAACCACGUCUGCGGAUAGUACAAGGCUCGUGCAGCUCAAACGGGUCUUGUCACAGCUGACUUUAGACUGGGAGACUGCGACAAUGGCCUUCAAAGCAGCAAUCGCACCUGCCGUCCUCGUGUGCAUGAUUGAAGUGGAUGUAUAUAUCAAUUACUUCGCCACCAAUGCUUACUUGGCUGCGAUUAUGGCGGCCUCUGCGCUGCCGUAUCUUCCGCAGGCAAAGCUUAUUGAACAUAAUCUCCAGCUCGCAUUUGCCAUGGUCGUGGCAUACUGCUGGGCAUUGCUUGCUGGUUGGUCUGCACUUCAGGCCAGAAAACAUACUACAGAUAGCAGUGAGGAGCUGGCAGCCUACAACUCUUCAGCUGAAGUCGUGGUAGCUAUUUUUCUGAUGUUUAUCAUGUGGUGUGUGUUCACUCUAAAGUCUGCGUAUCCUUCUUGGAAUCUUCAAAGCACCUUAGGCGGCAUUUAUGCUGUUGCAGCAAUGCCUGCUGUUGCUCAAAUUACUACUCUAGCGCAAGUCAUUGCUAGUACCACCAAAAUCUUAGAGGCUUUUCUGGCAGGGCAGGCCGUCGGCUUCGUCACCGGCCUUGUCAUAUUCCCCACCAGUUGCAGAGGGGUUUUAAAAAGAGACGUAAUGGCCGUCCUUGAUGCGUUGACCGCUAUUAUGCGGGCUCAAGGAAAAUGCAUGGUCGAUUUAAGGUCAAGCAAGAUCUCUGCGGAAGACAAAGAGGAAAGGAGCUCAUCGGUUUGUCAACUUGAAGAAGCCCAGCAACGGUUUAUAAAUCUCAUUGUCAAGUCCCGUAAAGACGUCAAAUACGCGGACUGUGAGGUAUCGUGGGAUUGUCUGGGUGGCUCAGACUUGGAGCAUAUUACCUUGUUGUUAGUAGACUUCAUUCCACCUGUAUCUGGGUUAAGCUCCACAGCGCACAUGCUGCAGCUGGCUAUAGAAGGUUGCCAUUCGCACAAUGGUGAUGGUGUGACGAAUGGCUGUGAUGCGGGAAAGGACUGGCACGACCUUGAAGUAAUAAUGCAUCAGCACUCACUCAGGAUAUCCGAGGCAAUCAUGGACGCGGCAGAACACGGCAAACUCAGAAUGGGACAGCUCCUUGGCUGUUCUUUGUUUGGCAGGGCUUGUGCGAAAGAAACUCACGAAGAGCACUGGGGAAGCUCCAUGGGCCAGGGAACAGCCAGCUUUCUCAGCUCUUAUCGUGGCGUUCUCUCCAGCUGUAGCGUUCCAGAUCAGCAGAACCACGGUGCUAAAGAAGAGCAGCUGCUAUACAACUACAUGCGGAACAGACCACAGGCUGCGCACCUUGAUCACGCCGCGCCUGAGGCGCAUUCUAAUGUCCUACGCUACUUUCUGUUACUCCAUUUUCAAACUCUACUCUCGUCUCUUGGGGACGAAGUAUUCAAACUUCUGGUUUUCCUCGAGGAGCGCAAUACGAAACCCAAGCGCCUACGCUUUCCUCGUGCGGGUAGCCUUGCUCGCUUCAUCCCCUGGUCCAAAGCCAUGGACCUUCUACGAUGGUGUUGGCAAGAGAGUGUCGAUGCCGAAGCGGAUGUUAGACUUGGACCUGCCUUCUAUAAUCAAAAGAACCCUGACCAUCUCCCACCGGUCAACCUGGUUCAGUCCGUUGGAGAUGGAAUUCGCAAAAUCAGCUCCGCCCUUCGCACGGAACAUGCUGCCUAUGGUCUUCGGGGUGUUUGUGCUAUUAUGACCAUCGCGAUCAUCUCUUUUCUCCAUGCUUCGCAGACCUUCUAUUUUGGACACCAAUUCCUCUGGGCUAUGUUUGCCAUUUUACUCUCCAUGGGCCGUACGGCUGGAUCGUCGACCUUCAUUUUAUUGUGCCGCAUACUGGGGACCAUUCUUUCCAUGAUAGCCUGCUAUCUCAUCUGGUACAUUCCCGACCAAAAAACCCCAGGUAUUCUGGCUUUCCUCUCGCUCUGGUUCACCGUCAUUGGCUACCUCUCCAUUCGGUUCCCAGGUUUUUCCAGUAUAUGGUUUGUAGCCCUCAUAGCCGCCAUCGUUAUGAUAGCCAGUGAGCUUCAAGACCGUCAACUGGGGCAAGAGACCGUCUCAAAAGCCGGACUUGUGAUCUACGCGCCUUAUAUAAUCUUCCCCUACCGACUUGCUGUUGUAAGUAUUGGUGUUUUUAUUGGGUAUUUCUGGACAAUUAUCCCAUAUCCACUAUCUGAGCACUACGAGCUGCGCCAGGAGGUCGCAAAGUCCAUGUAUAUGCUCGCCAACUUCUACAUGUGCAUCCGCCAAAUAAUCGUUGUCCGUAUUCACAGCACUGCAGGCAAUCCCAGUGACAAAACCAGCCCUAGCUUCCACUUGCAAAUAGCUCGCCGCCGUGUCUUCCGCCAAUAUCAGACACUGGGUAUGUGUCUCACUCGCUUAACCGUUCUUCUGGCUCGUCUCCCUGGCUCGUCUCCCUGGUGGACUACCGACCAGACCGGAACAGUCGAGAAAUUCAUCGCUCUGGAUGGCAUCGCUACCAGAUUGAUCAUCCUGCAUUCUGCAUUGGUUGGCAGCCAUGCCCUGCCACCAGAGCUUAGGGAAUUUGAGAUCCCUGACUUGAGGGACUUCCUGAGCAAGGAGAUACCCCCUGAGGAAGGUUUCGCCGCGGCAGCCCUUAUUCGCAGCGUUAACUGGUAUAUGGUUCGGGAUCUAAAUCGGCUCACGCAGCUGGUCGGGGAGCUCGUCGGGGAGCUUGACUUUUCCAUUACUGUUGACCCAGAGACAUCAGAAUCUUCAAAUGCCGCUUGA